CCCAUGAGGGUAAUUUUUCUAUGCAUCUAAAAAAGAAAGUUGAACAAUCCUACUUAUUCUGGGUCCUUUAGAUCUGCAAUCCUUCUAGACUAUGCCCAAAAUUUUAGUAUUCCCCAGAAAAUGGCUUUAGAAAAAGGAGGGGCAAGACAAAAAGCAUAUUUAAAAGUUUAUGAGGAUUUAGAGAAUAUAAUUAAUCUAGAGGCCCUUAAGAUGAUUUGCUAGAAUCAAGUUUCAUUAAAAUCAAGUAUAGUUUCUGCAGUGAAUUGUUCCCAGAAUGGAACAGGGAGCAACAUACAGGAGUGGUAGGUCUUCUUCAUAUGAGAGGCUAGUGGCCAUAGGCUUGACGCUUCUUGCUGUAGUCUCACCACUAUAUAUAGACAAGAGAGCAGUGAUUGAGCCAGAGCUUGAUGAACAAGAAAUCUAUAUAUCUUCUUAUUUGCCUCUGCUGCUUCUGGUUUUGAUCACAGCCAUCGUGUUUUCACGCUACCUGGACCGGAGCCUUGCUAGGUUUGAUGCGUACUGGAUUCACAGGGUCGGUGGUUCUUCAACCGGGAUUAUUGUGGUUCUCGUUGUUCUUGCAAUCGUUUUGAAAUGUAAAGCUUCCACGGAGGCAGCCUGAAGUGACAGAGUGGGCAGGGAGGCCAUACUAGUUAUGGCUCGGAAAACCAAUUACCUGAUAAGGAUUUGUUAAGGGUGAUAUCAGGGCGAUUUCCACUAUUGUGAAUCAUGGGUGCCGUAGAGCUUCUCAUGGAAAUACAGAAACGUAUCAUCGAAGAGUUAUAUAUCCUUGCAAUUCAUGCAUGCAGGCAGAGUUACUGUUAAAGUUAAUUCCUAAUUAUCUGUAAGUAUGAAGCUUGUUAAUUGUGGAGUACAAUAACUCUUGCUUUUUCUGAAACAAAAUCAGCAUC